CUACUUUUUGUCAGUCAAAUCUGGCAACACUAAAGUGGGCGGAAAUGUCUAACUUGUGACUAUCCUUUUUAGUGAUCCUUUCUCCUUCCUUGUACCUGUAUUAAUCCAACCUACACCGAUAUUAUUGUUACUUUAACCUCUUGGUAACAUCUAUUUCAAAUCCCAUGCGGAUACGUUACGGUCUGACCUGAUAUUUUAACACAGAAACACCGCGCUCCCAGCUGCUAGCUCAUUAGCUUGCCAUGCUAGCUCGUUGCGAAAAUCCUCGACAACAGUCUUGCUCGGAUUAUUUGGCCGGUCAACCAAAAGUUUAAAACACUGGCCGCGUACACGGAAAGCACGACAAAGAGAGAUAAUAAAAUACAGGAUGUCUAUAAAUUGUGAGGAGCCCGCGUUAACGGGGAGUUAUGAUGUCGUGGGGUCGUUUCCCAAAAGUUUCGGUUAUGGGGAGGAGGAGGCAGACAUGGAGGAGAGCUCCACACCGGCUGAUAAACCGAGGAUACUGCUGAUGGGGCUGAGACGGAGUGGAAAGUCAUCCAUCCAGAAGGUUGUAUUCCACAAAAUGUCACCCAAUGAGACUCUGUUCCUUGAGAGCACCAACAAGAUCUACAAGGACGACAUAUCCACCAGCUCCUUUGUCAACUUCCAGAUCUGGGACUUUCCUGGACAGGUGGACUUUUUCGACCCCACGUUUGACAGUGAGAUGAUCUUCAAGGGAACCGGCGCUUUGAUCUUUGUCAUUGAUGCUCAGGAUGACUACAUGGAGGCUCUUGGGCGGUUGCAUCUCACUGUAUCUAGGGCCUACAAAGUGAAUCCAGACAUCAACUUUGAGGUGUUCAUCCAUAAAGUAGACGGCCUGUCAGACGACCACAAAAUAGAAACACAAAGAGACAUUCAUCAGAGGGCCAACGAUGAUCUGGCAGAUGCCAGCCUGGAGGGGGUUCACCUCAGCUUCUACUUGACCAGUAUCUACGACCACUCCAUAUUCGAGGCCUUCAGUAAAGUCGUCCAGAAGCUCAUUCCUCAGUUACCAACGUUGGAGAACCUUUUGAACAUUUUCAUAUCUCAUUCUGGGAUUGAGAAAGCCUUCCUGUUUGAUGUUGUUAGCAAGAUUUACAUCGCCACAGACAGCUCUCCUGUGGACAUGCAGUCCUAUGAACUCUGCUGUGACAUGAUAGAUGUUGUCAUUGAUGUCUCCUGCAUUUAUGGACUAAUGGAGGACGGCAGUGGUUGUGCCUAUGACAAGGAGUCUUUGGCUAUCAUCAAGCUCAACAACACCACAGUGCUUUAUUUGAAAGAGGUCACAAAGUUCCUCGCUCUCGUCUGCAUCCUCAGAGAGGAGAGCUUUGAGAGGAAAGGUUUGAUAGAGUACAAUUUUCACUGUUUCCGAAAGGCCAUCCACGAAGUGUUUGAAGUUGGCACCUCAACACAGGGCGCUGUCUGGAGUCCGACGAGCUCGUCCGGCAACAACCUGAGUGGUUUAAAAUACGCUGCGCUGAAUGGAAAUGUUGUUUAAAGGGCAAAGAGGAGACAAGUGACAAGGGUAAUUCUUUGGUUUCCCUGAAGUGCAGCGAGGCCCCACGAUUCGGAGAAAUAAUAUGAAGGCACACAUGCAUCUCGUCCUGCAGAUGUUGCCUCACUGUGUGCAGCUGGAUGUGAAUCAAUUAGCGAAAAGCAGCUCAUGAGCCGAGUUCAGAAAGAUGAUGAUGUAGCUCCGGACUUCCUGCAGAACACUGAAACAAGCCAUCGAGUAACAAAUCUUACCUACCUGCUUCUCCUCCGCUGGCUUGAGAAGAGGAGAGGUCAUGUUUUGUUCAGAAAUACAAUCUGUCCAGUGUUACAGGCGACAUAUAUCGAGAGAAACUAAACACGGACCACAGUUGGGUUCCUACCUUCUGCACGUUUAUUGGUCUUGAAAUAUCGAAAAUUCAGUCAGUUGUGUUUACCUUCUUGGCCAGUUAAUCCUGUGUACUCUGCAACGUAAAAAAAAUACUCGUACAGUUUACGUGCUUGCAGUCAAACUGAGCUCGGUGCAAAAGAUCCAUUGACUGAACCAGAGACCUGGCGAACUGUAUUUCCAGGAACCAACCUUCACGUUCUACAGCAGUGCAGACCUCUUUCACGUCCCUGCUCAUUUCACCUUGAAUUAUUGAGUUCUUUAAGUGGCUUUAAUCCCCGGUAUGAAAAACAAAUCCUGUCGAGCGCAGUGUUGGUUCUUCGGUGUGUUUUUCUGUUGAUAAUGACUAAUGCGACCAGCGACCGGCGCUCUGCUCAGGAUCUCCUCAGACCAGAACCGUGCCAGUUACACCAUUAGCGCCGCGGGUGAUUAACAGAGGGGGCCACGACACGAUGGUCUUAAUGGAGUCUGGAAAUAACUGAUGAUGCUUCUCACCCGGACAACCUGCCACGCCUGCCGACAGCUGACGUUUUGUAGCUUGAUGAACAUUUUGGCCGAAUUUACUACACAAAGAUUCUGUUUGUAGUACUUGUUUUGCUUUUCGUUGUGAGCGCUGAGUGGGACCUUUGAAGAUUUAUUUUUAUUAUCGUACGUACUUCUUUAAUAAAAUAUGUUUCGUAUUUUGCUGAGUCACUGUAACUUUGACAUGAAACCCCAUUUCUUCCAGUUAAGGAAAAAAAAUCCACCACCUAA